AAUUUACGUAGGGGAGAGACAGCAACGAUAUCAGGAGUCCGAUUCUAACGAUCGAAUGUAGUGUUGCGUUACGGUAGGCCGGUAGCACUCAGUCAUCGCACGCUUAGACCUACAAAAUGUGAGCAAGCAGUGCUUACAUACAGAUUAUCGUGGCACUUGCAGGUAGCGGAGCAACUGUAGCAAUUCUGAAAAGGGUGGAGGGUGUACCCAUGUGUGGAGACAUGAUCCGAGAGCGGCGCUACCACUCGAUUACAAUUAUGAGGUGCUCAUUCUACACAGUACGCUGGUUUACUAUUUGUUUACUGUGUGUGGUUAUACUCCGCUUGAGGCAGACCUUGUUCUUUGUUGAUGAUUCUACUGAUUCCAACGGGGAUGCACCGUUGGAUGGCUCGGCCGCUAUAUUUGCACACAAGCGAUUAGGCGAAUGGGUCCAAGAAGAUUUUGAAGACAACAAGUACCUACCUAAAGGUGAUGAGAUCCGAGCUGGGGCAGCACAAAUAGGUGGGAAUGGCAUAUAUAUAGAACCCUCACAGAUUGAGAUCGAUGGAGUUGUGUUGCGACCAGAUAGUGUGAACCACGCCGUACUAGUAAAGAGCGGAGUAUAUUCAGAGUUAAAUUCAAAGGUGGCCAUUACAACCGAUCAAAAGAACCAGGGUAACAAUGCAAUUCCGAAUGAUCGCAGAGAUAAUGGUGUGGAUAUAACCAAACCUGAGGAGAGCACCAAGGGCGACGAGAGACCUUCAGUCGGUGGAGAGUCUAGCCUAUCGAAUGCACAGAAGUAUCCGCCACACGAGAAUGUGGGUCAAGACGCACCUGCUG